AUGUUUCAGAUGACUGAGGAGAACUAUAUGCAUGGCUGCUUGUUGGGUGUUACAAAGACCCUUCUUUACAAAUGGUUCUCAGCAACUAAUCACAAGAAGCCAUACUUUAUUGGAGGACAGGUACUACUGAAUAAAUUAUAACUGCAGGUUAUGGCAAAUGUGCAGACUCUCACAGCUCAGUUAAGAUUUGAGUGUUUCAUUUGUUUGACUUAAGUAAUUAUAUUUUUUAAUCAUGGUCAAUGUAAAUGUACACAUUUGACAGAAUGGAAUAGAGGGCAAUAUAGCUGUGUUCUUGUGAAAACAGCUUCUACUAGAUUCACAUGAUAGAAUUCAUUUGGUCAUUUUUUGUACCUAUUGUUUGCAAGAAAUAUAGUUUGACAAACACUGAAUAAAUUGCAGGUCAAAGAUGUCAAUAAACGAAUACUAAAGAUGAGACCCCCAGACUUCUUGGCACGUCUACCAAGAGACAUGGAGAAACAUUUCAAGAACUUGAAAGGUGUGUACUUUAAUGGAACCGUGACUUGUUGAUGCUGGGAAGUAACAUUAGGCAUCAACAAACUAUUUUUUUUAAGCUUCAGAGUUGCAGUCUUGGUUGCUGUAUUAUUCACUUCCAUGCUUAGUUGGUUACCUUCCUGAUAAGUACCUGUGCCACUUUGCAUAUUUGGCAGAGGGGGUAUACAUUCUUCUUGGGGAUGGAAUAACACCAGUACAGCUUGCAAGAGCUCGUGAUCUCCUGCAGACAUUCUACAAGGAUUUUCAACAUUUGUAUGGUAAGAAAACUCAAUGACAGUCUCAACUCUACAUCCCGUUCCUGAUUUCUUUUUAUAACCAUUACACUGUAGGCUUGAUAACCCUGGCAGUACCAGUUUUCUAUGUGCUUUAUUUUGCUGCUGUUGUUGUUGUUUUUGUUUUAAGGUUACUUGUCCCAGACUUGUUUCACUCUGCCAAACAAAUAUUCUCACACCAUUGUCCAAUAUCUUGAGUAAUAAUAACAUAAAUUUCAAUGAAAGAGGAGAAAAAGCAGUAGGAGUACUAAUAAUACCCCUAGGGCUUUUAUUAUUUAUUGUUGGUAAAAGAAAUAACAAAAAAUCAAUCACUUUUGUAGCAUUGCUACCCAACAAAGAGAAACUGGUUUGUGGCUCAGAAGAAUUUUUAAGAUUAUGUUUAUAUUGAUGGGCUAACAGUGUUAUGCCUCUGUCCAUAUGUGUUAAUAGAAAAAGCUAAGCUAUUGUAAAGUGUCUUCUUGGGGUAAAUUCACCCAUUUACUGGUCAAAAAAAGGGCAUAACCCUAAACAGUGUGUUUCCCCCACAUUUAAAGGGAAUGGCAGUUGUGGUCUCAAUGUUCACAAUACUGGUGCCCAUCUGGCUGACUAUGUUGAAGGAUGGGGUCCACUGUGGGCAUGGUCCACCUUUGGGUUUGAGGACAUGAAUGGAACCAUCAUGGACUUGACACAUGGCACAGGAAAUGUCUGUAGACAGGUACUUUUAACAGACAGUUAAUUUACACCUAACACCUUUACACCAUUCACCUCAUGGUCACCUCGUUAAUUUGGUCAGCUUGUUAUUACGGUCAAUUUGUUUUCCAAACAAAACAAAUACAGUACUUGAAAAACAAUAUUUAACUUAAAGUAACAUAAUGUUAAGUCGUGACCAUUGUUUUUGAGAAAAAUAUGUAUGGCCAAGUCUGUUGUUGUUUUAACUGUAGAAUUCAGUUAUGUUCAGGGAAGUACCCUUGGGUACUAUUGUAUGCAUAUAUUAAAGUUGUUGCAUUCCAGAUGUUUGUUAAAUAAUUUACAGUUGUUUAGAAAUACAAAAGUAUCUGUCAGGACCAAUCAAGAUAUUGCUCCUACCCUGUUAAUGCAGCUAAAUUUUCAUGAGUCCUUGCUGACUGUGUUAUUAGAGUUCCACUGUCAUUAAUUUAAAUCAAGUAAAUUUAUAACUUACUCCAUUUGGAUAAAUGAAUUAUUAAUGUGCAAUUUUGAAUUUGUUACUAGGUUAUAUGGAUGCUUCAUGCUCAGGGUCGCUUAAGAUGUGAGGUAGAUAUGUUGGAGAAUGGUUGUGUUAAGCACUUUAUCAAAAGAAUGCUGAACACCAAAAGAGAGUAUGUGAUAUUUUGCUCUUAAGUGUACUUGUCUGAUCUUUUAUUGUAGUGUUAGUAAUAUUGAUAGCAAUUGUUAUCAUCAUCAGUAACUUCUUUACACUUCUGACAACUUCUUUUUUGCUUGAAAAACAUGCUGUUAUUAAAGAUAUUAAUCUACUUACUUUUUGCCAUUUGUGUUUUAGAGUAAAAAAUCUAAAGAUGGCAGAGAAUUGCUUCAUUGCUGGAGGGGCUAAGAAACUGGUAGGGCUACCACAAGAGUUAAUGGAGAAGAUUGAUAUGGAAGUUAAUGGAGGCAACAAAGUUAAAGUGCAACGAAUUGUCAAGAAUGGCCAAGUGUUUUACUCUAAAGAGUACACUAGAAUGGUGAAGCGGAAUGGCUAUGUUGUCUUGUUUGCAUGUGGCAAGGUUGGAGAGGUUGAGUGUUUUGUGUGGGAUAGGCAGUCUGGGAUCACAUUGGCAGUCUUUAGAGAAGUACAGCCAGAUCUCCAGAAUCCAUUUUUCUUUAGUGAGGCUGGUCAUCACAUAUUAAGGAUGAGACAAGAAAGGUACAAAUGAAAUUGAGCAUUAGAAAUUGUAAUGAAAGCUGUUGAGUUCACCAUCAGAACUGACUUUUUCAAAGGUUUUCAUUUUCAAUUACAAAUUAAAUAUUAUACCAUACCUAUAAAAUAUAGAACAAUUUUGUUGAUAGCUGACUCAGAAGAACGAUAGGUAACCUUAAAGCUGUCAUUAUUGAAGUGUGACUUACAAUUUUCAUUUGUAUGUAAAGAAGGACCUGUAAUUUGCACCAAAAAUAAAAAGAAGUAAUAUUUUAGGAGGUUCAGUGACUGAGACAUUUAAGAAAGUAAGUUAUGAAAAGAAACUUGGUUUGUACUUCUCACUACUAACAAGUCCUAUUUUAAAAUGUUUUCAGGUCCGAGUUUCAAGUAAAACGAAUUGAAGAAAUCAAGGAGAAGGUGUUAUUUCUUGAAGGGAAUGGUGACCACCUCUGUCUUGUCCGCGUGCCAAAUGUUUGCGGAGUGUGUGGAUAAUCCUUGAGUAGUGGAACUCUUACAAAAAAUGUUUUAUAAGAAUAAAAAGAGCAAG